AUCUCACCGAAAAAGAAAUCGCUUGAGCUAACUUCACUUCACUUUACGUCAAACUUUGAAUCAGCAAACGCUUCAAUGGAAGAUCACAGCACGACAGUUGCGCGUCGACACUCGCAGACUGCACGUAGUCAUAACCCUUACUCCGCGCCCCGUCCGAGUUUGUACUUUCGCGUGGUGUUCCUCAACGAAAAUGUCCAUGUGACUGCCAACAUCCACGGCUACUACACCUUCAAGUGCUUCAGGACCGGGGCUAUCCUGCACAUGCUGACCUAUGAAGUGGAUAAUUGUUUCAGGGACAUCAUAGUGGGACGUGUAGGACGCGCGCAGUGCGGCGACGUCGUCUGUACUCUGGCCGCGGAUGGAGUGAAUCCUAUUCUAAUCGAACAUGCCUCUGGCGACAGCAUGACGAUUCUCUACUGGGAAAUGUGUAAAAUAUACGUUGCUCGCCCGGGAGUCAAAAACGAAGGGCACGGUGUCGAAAAUUAUUAG